GUCCUUAGUACCAUACUGCUAUAUCUCUCAAUCACUCUCCCUAGGUCUUUAAGCUUAGUUUGUUUUCUUUUGCUAAACAGAAGAUGGCUACAUUUUCUUGUGCGUCUUCAACAAACACUACAUCUCUUGCCAUAUUUUCUCUCUGUUUCUUAGUUCAUCAGUUGAUCCAGUUAAGUGUAGCAAUUACUUUACCUCCAAAUGUUAAUGUUCCGGCGCUUCUUAUUUUCGGAGACUCGAUAGUUGAUCCGGGGAAUAACAAUAACUUGCCUACGAUCGCUAAGUGCAACUUCCUACCUUACGGGCAAGAUUUCAUGGGUGGAAAACCAACCGGAAGGUUUAGCAAUGGCAAAGUCCCCGGUGACUUGAUAGCUGAAGCACUGGGAAUUAAGGAUAUUUUACCGGCUUAUCUCGAUCCAUUCUUGGACCCAAAUGAUCUCCUGACUGGCGUAAGUUUUGCGUCUGGAGCCGCCGGAUAUGAUCCACUUACGUCUAAACUCGCGAUGGCUAUAAGCUUGGAGAAACAAGUAGAGUUGUUCAAGGAGUACCUGGCUAAAGUCGCAGCCAUCGCAGGAGAAGAGAAAGCUAAGAGCAUACUGUCAGACAGUUUAUACCUAGUUGUUAUUGGAAGUAAUGACCUUGGCAAUACGUAUUUUGGUUCACAACUCAGAUCCAAUUACGAUAUCCCUGCCUAUGCUGAUCUUAUGGUUGAAGGGGCUAUUAGUUUUAUUCAGGAUCUGUACAAUGUGGGUGCAAGGAGAAUUGGAGUAUUCGGUGUACCACCCAUAGGAUGCCUGCCAUCUCAGAGAACAUUAGCGGGAGGGAAAGCGAGAAAUUGUGCAGAGAACUAUAACCAAGCUGCUCAGAUUUUUAACUUGAAACUGUCACCAGCACUAGCCAAACUCACUGCUAAGUUUGCGCAUGGAAGGGCUGUGUAUGCUGAUAUCUACUAUCCUAUCCUAGAGAUUAUCGACAAUCCUCACAAUUACGGUUUUGAAGAGGCAACAAAAGGAUGCUGUGGUACAGGAAAGAUAGAAUCAAUAAUUCUAUGUAACCAGCUGAACCCAUUUACCUGUGACGAUGUCUCCAAAUAUAUAUUUUGGGACAGUUACCAUCCCACAGAGAGAGCCUACCGAAUAUUUUUAGGCCCCUUCCUCGAGAAAAACCUAAACAGAUUCCUCUGUGACGAUGCCAUAUGCUAAUCUUGCUUGUGUCUGCAUAGAUUCCCCAGUUCACACACUACUCAAUCCAUUGUUCCAAAAAUCAGAUGGAUGUGUUUCUAUCAUUUACUUGUUUAUAAUCUAUUAACACGUUCGCCUGUUUGUUUUAGAUCAAUUGAUACUAUAUAACUGUUCUUAUUAGUGGUACUAUGUAAACCCCAGAUGGAUUGAAUGGAAGAAGUUUUAUGGAAUGGCUUGCGUUUUUAUUAGUUUAA